GUUUUUUGGUUCUACGCCUGUCUCAAAGGCCAACGGAGAUAACCUCGACAACACAUUGGGUGGGCCUACCGACGUGUUCAACGAUAAAAGGGAAUCUCCGUCAUAAAAAAUUCCAGAAUCAAUUAGGUUUUUCCGACAAGAAAAGAAAACGCUGAGAGAUGCAAUUGCUGGCGCUAAAUACGGCAUCGGCACCACAAACCCUAGCCCCUAUUCCUUCCUCCUCUCGUCUUCUUUCUUCUGCUCAGAGUUUGAGCUCCUCUCGCUCCCAACGCUCUUUUGGUCUCGUCGCUAGGUCUCGUAAUCGAUUUCCAGGAUUAUCUCAAUCUCUCUCGAGUCGACGAUCCCAAGUUGUGAAGGCAGUGGCAACCCCAGACCCAGCCUUGGAAGUAGCCUUGACAGAGGAGAAUGUUGAAAGCGUUUUGGAUGAAAUCAGACCAUACCUUAUGUCUGAUGGUGGGAAUGUCGCAUUGCAUGAGAUCGAUGGCAAUAUUGUUCGAGUGAAACUGCAGGGAGCCUGCGGUUCAUGCCCAAGUUCUGUUAUGACUAUGAAGAUGGGUAUUGAGCGUCGCCUUAUGGAAAAGAUCCCUGAAAUUGUGGCUGUUGAAUCUGUUCCAGAUGAAGAGACUGGCCUUGAACUCAAUGACGAAAACAUUGAAAAGGUGCUGGAAGAAAUCAGGCCUUACUUGAUCGGAACAGCAGAUGGCUCCCUAGAACUGGUGGAGAUUGAAGAACCGAUUGUGAAGAUAAGAAUCACAGGACCUGCUGCUGGAGUCAUGACCGUCCGGGUAGCAGUAACUCAGAAACUCAGAGAGAAAAUUCCUUCAAUAGCAGCUGUUCAACUAAUAUAAAACACGGCCUCUUUCUUUGUUAUAUCUAUAAUGUACAGAUACUGUGUUUGACAUUUGACUGUUGUCCCCAAAAUAAUUUUGUUUUACUUUGGAUAUGGUUCGAAUUCGAAAAUCCGGCUCUUUAUAUGUU